AUGAACAGACGCACGAGCCUAUUGCAGGUGGUGAUCGACCGAGAGCAGUGGAUCAAGGAAGCCGAGGAGGCAGAGCAAGCGGAUGCCCCCCUUACGUGCGGCGCGAUCGUCCGCGCCACGGUGCACAUCGGGGUGGAAGAGGAAGACAGGAAACGGACCUGGAUGGAUGAUGCGGAAAACUCCCUUAACCGCGGAGGUGUGGAGACGGCGCGGGCGAUCUACGCCCAUGCUUUGGGCCACUUCAGGUCCAAGAAGGGCGUGUGGAUGCGGGCCUGCGCGUUGGAGAAGAAGCACGGCACGGCAGAGUCGCUGGAGCAGAUGUUGAAGAAGGCCGUGACUCACUGUCCCCGUGCGGAGAUGCUGUGGCUCAUGGCGGCGAAGGAGAAGUGGCUCAGCAACGACGUCGACGGGGCGAGGACCAUCCUCAAGGAGGCUUUCCUUGCAAACCCUGACAGCGAGCAGGUGUGGCUGGCUGCGGUGAAGCUGGAGUGGGAGAACAACGCCUUCGAGCGAGCCCGCAUUCUGCUCAAGAAGGCGUGCGACCGCGCCCCCACGGCGCUAGUGUGGAUGAAAGCCGCCCUGCUAGAGAGGGAGCUCCAGGCGCCCGAGGCGGCGCUAAAGCUGAUCGACACAGCGCUGCCGUCCUACCCCACUUUCGCCAAGCUCUACAUGAUGGCGGGACAGCUAUGCUCGGAGGAACUCGACUUGCCGGAACGCGCUCGAGAGUACUACCAAAGGGGGCUCCGUGCAUGCCCUGGGUCUAUCCCCCUGUGGCGGCUCGCGGCACGUCUGGAAGAGCGCACCGUGGGAGUUAACAAGGCCAGGCCCAUGCUUGAGGUGGCAAGGUUGAGAAACCCGAAGAGUGAGGGUCUAUGGUUGGAGGCGGUCCGGCUGGAGAGGCGAACGAGGAACAACAAGGGCGCGGAUAGCCUCAUGGCCAAGGCGCUGCAGGAGUGUCCCGGGUCUGGCGUGCUUUGGGCGGAGGAGAUCUUGGUGGCACAACGAGCCGAGCAGAAAAGCAAAUCCCUGGAGGCGCUCAAGCGGUGCGACAACGACCCGCACGUCAUCACCGCCGUGGCCAGGCGCUUCUGGGCGGACCGCAAGUACGCCAAGGCCCGCAAGUGGUUCAACCGCGCCAUCACCCUGGACCCCAACAUGGGGGACGCGUGGGCGGCGUACUACGCGUUCGAGCUGCAGCAGGGGACCGAGGUUGAGCAGAAAGAUGUUCUUGACAGGUGUGUUGCGGCCGAGCCUGCCCACGGGGAGCUUUGGACGUCCGUAUCCAAGACCACCGAGAACAGGCGGCUCGACAAGGCCAGCAUCCUCAAGAAGGUCGUGGCCGCAUACUUUUCCGACGGCGCUGUGGUGGUCAUUCCGGGAGGUCCAACAGGCACCAGCUAGAUCAUAAAGCGACGGCAUCGGCUUUUCGUUAUCA